GUCCCCACACCGUCGCCGAUAUUCUCGCUUCCCAUCACAAACACAACAACAGCAGGUGCACUGAGUCCAUCAUCAUGCUUCCUGUCUGUACGGCAACAGCCCAAGGAGGCUCUUGUCACUGUCAAGGGCAAGGAGAAAUUCAGGAAGCCACUUGACCCACCACCCAUGCUCGAACUCAAAGUGAGCUCAGAGAUAGACCCCAGCCAGCAGUUCCUACAAAACCCCUACCUCUUCGUCAGCGUCUCCCUCUACAAGCACGACAAAGACGAGCCAAUCGAAGGCACACCCUUCGACAUCCUAGCAGGCACACUCGUGUCCUCGCUCCACCGCCUCAAAGAUGUCAACAACAAAGACGGCGCUUUCUUCAUCUUUGGAGACAUCUCCAUCAAGGUCCAAGGCACCUACCGCCUCCGCUUCACCCUCUACGAACUCCAACCCUCCUACCUCACCCUCGCCGACCUCGAACAACAUAAAGACCUAGAGCACUACCAAGGCGCCAUCGAUCCCCCAGAAUAUGGCUCAUUCCAUUGUCUCGGUCACGUCUUAUCCGACAAAUUCAACGUUGUCCUCCCCAAAGACUUCAAGGGUCUAGAAGAAUCCACAUACCUCUCCCGCGCCUUCUCAGACCAAGGUGUCCGUCUGCGCCUCCGCAAGGAAGCACGCGGCAUGAUGAGCAACAAGCGG